GUGCGGCCGCGCCAUGGCCUGGUGCGGGGCCCCUCGGGCAGCGCGGCUGCUGCCGCUAUCGCUGCGGUGCGCGGCGGGACGGCGCCGCAUCGCCUCCUGCAUUGACCCAUCCGCUGGGCUCACUGAGGAGCAGAAGGAAUUCCAGAGCGUUGCCCUAGAUUUUGCUGCCAAGGAGAUGGCUCCUCACAUGGCUGAGUGGGAUGAGAAGGAGAUCUUCCCCGUGGACACAAUGCGGAAGGCAGCCCAGCUGGGGUUUGGUGGGAUCUACGUGAACCCAGACGUCGGUGGCUCUGGAUUGUCACGACUGGAUACCUCCAUAAUCUUUGAAGCGCUCUCAACGGGGUGUACCAGCACCACUGCUUAUAUGAGCAUCCACAACAUGUGUGUUUGGAUGAUCGACACCUUUGGCAGCGAGGAGCAGAGGCGCCGGUUCUGCCCGUCCCUCUGCAGCAUGGAACAGUUUGCUUCUUACUGCCUGACCGAGCCAGGAAGCGGGAGUGAUGCAGCUUCCCUGCUGACCUCAGCGCAGAGGAAAGGGGACUCCUACGUCCUGAAUGGCUCCAAGGCCUUCAUCAGCGGAGGGGGGGACACGGAUGUCUACCUGGUGAUGUGUCGCACCGGAGGCCCAGGCCCCAAGGGCAUCUCCUGCAUGGUGCUGGAGAAGGGAACACCAGGGCUCAGCUUUGGGAAGAAAGAGAGGAAGGUGGGCUGGAAUUCCCAGCCAACUCGGGCUGUGAUCCUUGAGGACUGCGUGGUUCCUGUCAGCAACCGCCUGGGAGCCGAAGGGCAGGGCUUCAGCAUCGCCAUGAAGGGCCUCAAUGGAGGCAGGAUAAACAUCGCUUCUUGUUCGUUAGGAGCUGCUCACGCCUCUGUGCUCCUGGCUCGGGAGCAUCUCUCCGUGCGCAAGCAGUUUGGGGAGCCCCUGGCCAACAACCAGUACCUGCAGUUUGGGCUGGCAGAGAUGGCCACACGCCUGGUGGCAGCGCGGCUGAUGGUGCGCAACGCGGCGCGGGCGCUGCAGGAGGAGCGGGAGGAUGCUCCGGUGCUGUGCUCCAUGGCCAAGCUCUUUGCUACGGAUGCGUGCUUUGAGAUCUGUAACCAGGCUCUGCAGAUGCACGGGGGCUAUGGCUACCUGAAGGACUACGCCGUGCAGCAGUUUGUGCGAGACGUCAGAGUCCACCAGAUCCUGGAAGGUACCAAUGAGGUGAUGCGGAUGAUCGUGGCCAGGAGCCUGCUGCAGGCCUGAAGCCAGGAGCUCUUCUCCAGCCUUAAAAUGCCAUCGUCUGUGACACUCACUCUGUUGCCCUCCCCUGUGCACCAGCUCCCUCCCUGGGAGCGCAGUGGGGAAUAUCCCUGUGGAAACAGCCUUUCUGCCUCACCCUGCCUGGAAGCACACAGCUGGAUGCCCCUCACAUGCUGCCACUCUGUGCCUGGCAGAGCUGCUGUGCCGUGGCUCCUAUUGUGCAGCCUGAGGAUGCCAAUCACAGCAGUGAAUACCAGCCUCUGUGUCCACAUCUCCAUCACGGGCUGCUUGCCACACCAGAGAAACCCCAGGCUCUGCGGAGUCGGGACUGAAACGGGAACGCCGGGCAGAGGUGCAGCCUUAAU